AUGGCAGAGAUUGCUGGCUGGUCCUCAGCAAUCCUUUUUGGACUCUCCCUGGUGGCAGGGCUCAUGUGGCAGCGCUAUCGAUUCCUGGAUGGUGGAUUUUUGCCAGUGACCUUCACUUUAGCAGUUUCGGCUGCGAUGGCUGAGAACAGCAGCAUCUCGUGGUAUCGCUUCUACAGCUACUCCCCAGACUGGGGCAUCUUCAUCGGUCAUGUCCCACUGCACGUUGUGAUGAUAUGGCCUCUUUUCAUUCUCGGGGAGGUGCGGUACAUCCGUGAGGGGCUCGGCCUCGGGAGCUACAAGCGGCAUCCUCACCAGGGACUCCAGCUACAAGCUGCCUUACAAGCCAGCUUCUGCUUCGUGGACACGGCACUUUUAGCGAACCUGAUCGAAGUCUAUUGUGUUUCUGCGGGACUCUGGUCUUGGAAGCAGGAGAACUGCCUGGGGGUGCCUUGGAUUGGAGCCCUCGGUUGGGCCUUGUUCGCAACGCCAGCUGUAAUCAUGGUCUCCUUGCUAGAGGAUGUGCCCUGGGGGUGGACUUGGGCUGGGUGUUUGCUCCUCUUGCCCUUCCUCUGCCUCAUGGUACUCCACGUGGGCAUCCUGGUGAUCUGGAACCUUGGUGGUGGGCUGAGGUCGGCGAUCUCACCCUGGCAAGAGGCUGCAGGUAUCCUGCUGCUGCAGCUCUUGUACCACCAAGCCACGAAGGGCUUGAAAGUUUCAUUGCACCUUUCCCAGGAGCUGCCGCGCAUCUUGGCCUGCGGCAUUGUGGCUGGCCUUUGGUUGCUGAAAGGCCGCCAGGGCACUGACCACGCAGGCGUUAUAAUGGUAAGUGCUGCUUCCCUCGCACGCAUGCUGGCUUUCGAGUGGCGGUGA